AUGGGCUUGAGUGACUACGAGGAUGUUGCCGGUAUAUGUGGAUAUAUUGCUGGAAAGAUUUCUUACAUGUCGGCCUGCCAGGAGAAAUUUAAGAGACUGGAGAAUUCCCCAAUAGGAGAAAGUAUACGACAAGGGCGCAGACCUCUUCCACAUGAAUAUGCUGCUCAAAAAUCAGCGUUUGCAAAUUUGCCUUCUCAGUCACCUUUUGGAUCUUCUCCAACAGCUGAAGCUCCACUUUCUUCCAGCUAUUCACAUGAAUAUAGUUCAGCAGAUCAGUCUGUCUCUAAUUAUGCACCAAUUCCAUUCAGUUCUUCUCUGAAUGAAUCCUCUCCUACUGGAAUUACUGAACGUAAUGCCCCAGAACCUGUUCCAUUACUAGAAGAAAGUCCUAAAAGAAAAAGUGUCUCAUAUGAGGAGUUAAGGAAUAGAAACAGAGAGACAUAUGAAGUAGCAUUAACGCAAAAGGCAGAGACUCCAGUCAAGUCUUCACAGGAGGACGACACGUAUAGCAACCCUCCCAUUUUGCAACUGGGUGUGGUUUCCGCCACGCAACGUGACCAUCUGGGCUACUUGCUACCACCUGGUCCACAGGGUUGA